CUACGCCGCUCGUUACGCACGGACACGCUACGGGGGCCAAGGAAGGAAGAAAUGUGGGCGCGGGCGUUGUGGCUGGGCCUUCGGGCCCCGCUGGGCGGGCCCCGGGGCUUCACCUCCAAGACAGAUCUUCAGGGCAGUGGCCGAAUCACGGCCGAGAUGAUCGAGCACCUGGAGCGUCUAGCACUUGUGGACUUCGGCAGCCGGGAGGCAGUAGCGCGGCUGGAGAAAGCCAUCGCCUUCGCCGACCGGCUACGCGCCGUGGACACCGACGGGGUGGAGCCCAUGGAGUCGGUCCUGGAGGACAGAUGUCUAUACCUGAGAUCCGACAAUGUAGUAGAAGGCAACUGUGCUGAUGAAUUACUACAAAACUCCCACCGUGUCGUGGAGGAGUACUUUGUGGCCCCUCCAGGUAACAUCCCUUUGCCAAAGCUGGAUGAACAAGAGCCAUUCCCACACAGCUGAGUAACUCCUUCUGGAAAGGGGGUACUCUGAACACGUGGAAGCACAAUGACAGUAUUUUCUUACUGUGAACACUAAUGUUUCUGCUUUUCUAAGUCACCUAAAAAAAAUGGACACUUAAGCAUUUCUUAAUAACAGGCUCUUCUGAAGACAGAAUUGGGAAAGAUCUAGCCCAAUGAGUUCUAGAGCCCAAAGAUCUGUAAGUGAGUUCCUGAUGCUAACUGAAAUGAAAGGAAAGCAAAAACUCAGCUUCCAAGGUAUUCACUAAACAGGCCUGUUCAGUAAGACAGACACUAUUUAUCUGCCUUUAACCCCAGAAGACUGAGUCAACUGCAUGAAAGUGAACUUUUCUAUCUAUGUAACUGGUAGAUGGAGCAUCUUGAUCACUAUGUGACAACCUUGGCUGUCCCUUUUAGUUGCCACUUGCAUUGAUUUGAGCAGGCCUAUCUUGACCAAACAUACCUGAAUUUGUUCCCGGGCACCCACUUUGUUCCUAGAAAAGGGCUAACUUCCUGCUAAGGUCUGAAGAGUGUUCAAAGUAGACUAGAGCUUGGGAACUCCUAACCUAGAGCUAUCUGCUAUCCCACAAAGUGAUUAUAUGCAAAAGGGACACUAGUCAUACCUAGUGUUUCUCUUUCUGAAAAGAGAACUUGUCCUAAAAUUAGCCCUGGGACAAAGCACCCCCAAAAUGAUUAUUAAAUUGAGAUGAGUCCAAGA